CCGAUGUGUAGCCCUGGGGGCCAAUUGGGGCGAAGAAGGAAGAACGGAAACGGGGAGGUGAAAGAGGUAUAACCAAGAGUCGAGAGGUAGAAGAAGAUCUCGAAGAAGGCAGGGAGAAGUGAGGGCGAGAUGACGAUCCGGUUCGUGCUGUUCGUGAACAAGCAGGGCCAGACGCGGCUGGCGCAGUACUACGAGCACCUCUCCCUCGACGAGCGCCGCGCUCUGGAGGGCGAGAUCGUCCGCAAGUGCCUAGCGCGCACCGACCAGCAGUGUUCGUUCGUGGAGCACCGGAACUACAAGGUCGUGUACAGGCGCUACGCCUCCCUCUUCUUCCUCGUCGGCGUCGACAACGAUGAGAAUGAGUUAGCUAUCCUUGAGUUCAUACAUCUUUUGGUGGAAACUAUGGAUCGCCACUUUGGCAAUGUGUGCGAGCUUGACAUUAUGUUCCAUCUGGAGAAGGUGCAUUUCAUGCUGGAAGAGAUGGUGAUGAAUGGUUGCAUUGUGGAGACAAGUAAACAGAACAUCCUGGCACCAAUCCAGCUUAUGGAGAAAACUUCUUAAAAUAGUGCUCUCCUAUUGUCUAGUUCUUUAUCCUCUGCUGCUUAGCAGCACUGCCUCUCCCCGGCCAUAGAUUUUCCCUAUGUAUGUGACAGUGCCAACAGUUGCUGUAACCAUGGAUUAUUGAAUUGACCUAAUUGCAAACUAUCAGAUUUUGUUAC